UCCUCCUCGGUUGCAGAGGGCCACUGAGGCUGUUACAGCACUGUGGACCAGACCCAGAGAAGAGUACUGGAGGACCAGAUGACCACUACUACCCCUGAGCCAAGCAUCACCUGGCCAUACACUACCAACACAUACCGUUUGGUGAAGCAGGCUGAGUGUUAAGAUGACGCUUCUCCUGGCCCUUUCCUCUCUCCUCCUUCUGGUCGGUCCCGCUCUGGCCCAGAGCCCGGACAUGUCCUACGAAGACUACAUGGCCCAGGUACAGGCCUGUCCCAAAGAGUGCCGCUGCCCGCCCAGCUUCCCCAACGCUGUCUACUGCGACAACAAGGCGCUGAAGCGCAUCCCCACCAUCCCCCCACACACCUGGUAUCUGUACCUGCAGAACAACCUCAUCGACGUGCUGUCAACAGACGCAUUCCGCAACGCCACGCAGCUCCGCUGGAUCAACCUAAACCGUAACCGCAUCACCAGCGAGGGCAUGGAGGAGGGUGCCCUGGCCGCCAUGCUCCGCCUGGUUCACCUCUACAUGGAUGACAACCUGCUGAGCUCUGUCCCAGCCAACCUGCCCUCCAGCCUGGAGCAGCUGCGCCUCUCCCGCAACCGCAUCUCCAAGAUCCCCGCCGGGGUGUUCUCAGGUCUGGAUCGGCUGACACUGCUGGAACUGCAGGGGAACAAGCUCCAGGAUGACGCGGUGACCGAGGUGAGCCUGAAGGGCCUGAGCAACCUGAUCCAGAUCAACCUGGCCAAGAACCAGCUAACCACCAUGCCCCUGGGCCUCCCCAUCACCCUCACCCAGCUCUUCCUGGACAACAACGCCAUUGAGAAGAUCCCCGCCGACUACUUCAAGGGUCUGCCCAAGGUGGCCUUCCUCAGGCUCAACCGCAACAAGCUGGGAAACGAUGGGUUGCCCAAGAACGUGUUCAACAUCUCCAGCAUCCUGGACCUGCAGUUGUCCCAUAACCAGUUAACUCAGGUUCCUAUCAUCCCCUCAGGCCUGGAACACCUCCACCUGGACCACAACCAGAUCAAGAGUGUAAAUGGAUCUGAUAUCUGCCCUGUGUCAGCUGAUGCUCUGGAGGACUAUGCCACUGAGACCGCUCCUAAACUCCGCUACCUCCGUCUCGAUGGCAAUGAGAUCAAGCCACCAAUCCCCAGAGACCUUAUGGUGUGCUUCCGUCUCCUCAGGUCCAUCGUCAUAUAAAGAAGACACUUCCACCAGCCAAUCACAUCUAGCUAUAGUCUCCUGGAUCCAAGGGCAGAUGAUUACUAACGAAUGGAAGUGACUAUGCUAAUCUAUAUGGACUUUUGAUCUGUGGAUUUUACCAUUUGCAUAAUUAUGUUGAAAACCACAUAUUAGACGCUAGGGUUGGGGUCAAAUCAAACUCUGUUAAUUUAAGAAUGAAUGCAAUUAAUUGGUCAAUAGAAAAUAAUGGACAAUUUUAAAAUCUUGAAUUGAGUCUCCUGAAUUGGCAGAAUGGGAAUGGAAUUGACCUCAACCUUGUUGGGUGAAGGUCACCUGACAAUAUGUAGAUAGUUUGAUUGGACUGCACUACUGUCUUCUGACCACUAGUUGUGCCUUAUGUUAGUCCUAUAGUCACAAGUGCUUAAUGAAACAGUGCAGUAUGGAUGAGUGUGCUGUGUUUUUCUGAAACUCUAAAAAAGACAAUAAUUGACUAUGACAAUGUGAUUGGGAUGAGAUAAGAGGAACAUUGUUUAGAAACAGAAUGUAUUUAAGACAUGUUGAAUCUUCUGACGACUCAUUGUCCUCAUUCUCUUUCUUUGAAUGGAAGAGAAUCAUUUGUGAAUGCUUAGCCAAAAUAAUACUUUUGAAACGUUUUCUACUGCUCCUUUCUGAUAGAAUAACUCGAGUUGAUAUCAGACUUGAAACCAAAUGAAAUGCAAAUUAUUUUAUUUUCAAGUUCUCUGGGAAUAUGAAUAUGUUUAGCUAACUUUAGACACAUGCAAUUCCACAAACAUGCAAUUGUUUGUUCUUUUACAUUAAGGUAAUUUAUUUAAUUGUCCGUUUUUUUUGUUGAAAAAUCUAAAAUCAUUCACUGAAUUCUUGAUCACUGUCUCAAAUGUGAAAUUCCAUUUUUUACUCAAUGGGUCAAUCUUUUUGUAGUACUGUCAUCUGACAUAUUUAGGAACUGCCAACACAGUUUUGGAAUGCUUACAUUUUGUUCAGAAUAUGUUGUUGUGAAUUCCUUUUACAGUCUCAGAUUUAAAUAAAACACAUU